AUGGCGCACGGGGGCCUGCAGGCGCUCGGGCUGGCCCUGGCCGGCGCCGGCUGGCUGGCGCUGCUGGCGGCCACGGCGCUGCCGCAGUGGGAGGUGUCGACGUUCGCGGGCGACAGCAUCAUCACGGCCCUGGUGACCAUGAAGGGGCUCUGGAUGAGCUGUGUGAGCACCAGCACCGGGCAGCUGCAGUGCAAGAGCUACGACUCCGUGCUGGCCCUGCCAGCCCAUCUGCAGGCCACGCGUGCCCUCAUGGUGGUCUCGGUGGUCCUGGGCCCGGUGGCGCUGGGGGCGGCCGUGGCCGGGAUGCGCUGCACGCGCUGCGGCGGCGACGACCCCCGCAAGAAAGCCACGGUGGCGGGGGCGGGGGGCGGCCUCUUCAUCCUCGCAGGGCUCCUGGCGCUCGUGGCCAGCUCCUGGUACGGCCACAGGAUCGUCACCAGCUUCUACGACGCCACCAUCCCCAUCAACCUCAAGUACGAGUUCGGCACGGCGCUGUUCGUGGCCUGGGCGGGCUCGGCCCUGGCGCUGCUCGGGGGGUCCCUCCUGGCCUCGUCCUGCUGCAGCCGCGGAGGGGGCGUGGCCUCCAAAAAGGGGCGGGGCUACCCCGGGGCCAGGACCGCCCCCAAGGCCCCGCCCAGCGCGCGCGAGUACGUGUGAGCGGCCCCGCCCCCCCCUCAGGGAGCUCCCACCCCCACAUUUCGGGGUCUU